UCCCGGAAAGGCUGGAGAGAAGAGUGUGUGUCCUGGGACGGGGGAGUCCCUUUCCCCGCCCCUCCCCGCCCCGUGGCUACGGCGUGGCUGAGCCCGGGGCGGAGCUGGCGUCUCCUCGCGGACGGGCGGCGGGACGGCGGCCGCAGCCCGGGGCAGGCAGGCGGACAGGCACGGAGACCGGCCCGGCGGGAUCACCCGCAGGACGACAACCCAGCGCGCUGCGGUGUGGCCGCGCCGACAGAGACCGCGGAGCUGUCCACCCAGGCGGAGCGCGGCAUCUUCAGGUCCCUGGGCCUAGACAUCCAGCUCUACUAAGCCUGGCCAUGGCACUGUGCCUGAAGCAGGUGUUUGCUAAGGACAAGACUUUCCGGCCCCGGAAGCGCUUUGAACCUGGCACACAGCGCUUUGAGCUUUAUAAGAAGGCACAAGCUUCACUCAAGUCUGGCCUGGACCUUCGAAGUGUGGUGAGGCUGCCACCUGGCGAGAGCAUCGAUGAUUGGAUCGCUGUGCAUGUGGUGGACUUCUUCAACCGCAUCAACCUCAUCUAUGGCACCAUGGCUGAGCACUGCAGUGAGACCAGCUGCCCAGUCAUGGCUGGUGGGCCUCGUUAUGAGUACCGCUGGCAGGAUGAGCGCCAGUACCGAAGGCCCGCCAAGCUCUCGGCACCCCGCUAUAUGGCAUUGCUCAUGGACUGGAUCGAGGGUCUCAUCAAUGAUGAGGAUGUCUUUCCUACACGUGUUGGCGUUCCCUUCCCCAAGAACUUCCAGCAGGUCUGCACCAAGAUCCUGACCCGACUGUUCCGCGUCUUUGUCCAUGUCUACAUCCACCACUUUGACAGCAUCCUCAGCAUGGGGGCAGAGGCACAUGUCAACACCUGCUAUAAACACUUCUACUACUUCAUCCAAGAGUUCAGCCUGGUAGACCAGAGGGAACUAGAACCACUGAGGGAGAUGACAGAACGGAUCUGUCACUGAGUCCAGAUCUGGAUGUUGUUGCCAAUCAACUGGACCAUCGACCAGUGUAGCUGGGAAAGGGGACCCUUAGGAGCCUGUUGGUAGAGCAAUCUGAAGGCCUUAUAGGACCCCUCUAGAGACCAAACAGCUCUGGACUUCUCUGAAGUCUGCCUGUGUGUCCCCGAUUGCAUGGAGAAGGGAGGGCUUCAAGUGGGCAACAGAAGAAAAGGAGGAGGUUAGCCCCUCACAUUAAGUCCAAGAGUAGGGUAGGCUACCAAAUUUCUGCUCCUACCAUGGUGGGUCUCAAAUCCAUUUUGGGAAUAUGGAUGUGGCUGAAGUGAUGGCACGAAAAUUAUGAGAGUGAGUGGCUAUAUCUGUGUAAACAGGUAGGUGUGUGUGUUAGGGGGUGCGUGUGGGUGUUUUCAUUGUGGGAUUUGUCUGAGAGAUCCAGGUCCUUUCUGGCACAUAGUCGGCCCUCCUGUUGGAUGGAUGGAUGGAUGGAUGGAUGGAUGGAUGGAUGGAUGGAUGGAUAGGCUGACCAUAAGUCCAUGACCCCUAUAGAAGUAAUGACAGCAUAGUGACCCAAUUCAACUCUGACCACGUGCACAAGUGUACAAAAUGUGCAUGUAGUUAGACUUGUAACUCUGAAUCUUCUAGACUACCAUUUUCUAUCAACAUGAGUCCCAGGCAGUUGUGGGGAGGUUAGAAAGUGCAGCUUUGCCCUGAGUUCCUUAAACCCCUGACCUACCACCAUGUAGGCUGGUUUGCUCAGCCAAGGAUGUCCAUAAAUUAUUUCACUCAUCUGCUUCCUGGGGGGCCUGAUAACAGUAAGCCUCUAAGCUAGAGGUGGUGGCACAUACCUUUAAUUCCAGCAUUCAUGAGGCAGGGGCA